AUGGCGUCACUUGGUGAUAUAGGACUUGCAGCUGCAAUAAACAUCCUUACUGCAUUUGCUUUCUUAAUAGCAUUUGCCAUACUUCGAAUCCAACCUAUAAACGAUAGAGUUUAUUUUCCAAAAUGGUAUCUGAAGGGUUUAAGGUGCAGUCCAUUGCAAGGAGGGGCAUUUGUGACCAAGUUUGUCAAUUUAGACUUCAGGUCAUACAUAAAAUUCUUAAACUGGAUGCCUGCAGCAUUGCAAAUGCCAGAACCCGAAUUAAUCGAGCAUGCAGGCUUGGAUUCUGCUAUUUACUUGAGGAUAUACUUACUUGGGCUGAAAAUAUUUGUUCCCAUUUCAUUCCUAGCAUUUUCUGUUAUGGUUCCUGUCAAUUGGACCAAUGACACAUUGGAACGUUCAAAUGUUGUAUAUAGCAGCAUAGAUAAGCUUUCAAUUUCAAAUAUUCCAACUGGAUCAAAUAGAUUUUGGACUCACUUGGUAAUGGCUUAUGCUUUUACCUUCUGGACAUGCUAUAUCUUGAAAAGAGAGUAUCAGAUAGUUGCAGCAAUGAGAUUGUCUUUUCUUGCAUCUGAAAGACGCCGUCCUGACCAAUUCACAGUACUUGUUAGGAAUGUCCCGCCCGAUCCUGAUGAAUCGGUCAGUGAGCUAGUUGAACAUUUCUUUUUGGUCAAUCAUCCAGAUCAAUAUCUCACUCAUCAGGUUGUUUACAAUGCAAAGAAACUAUCUAGUCUAGUUGCUAAGAAGAAGAAAAAACAGAAUUGGCUUGACUACUAUGAACUUAAAUAUUCUAGAAACGAAAGCGUAAGGCCAUGUAUAAAGACUGGCUUUUUAGGUCUUUGCGGUAGUAAGGUGGAUGCUAUCGAUUUUUAUACUGGUGAAGUAGAGAGACUAUCAAGAGACAUAGAGUUAGAGAAAGAUAAGGUCACGAGGAAUCCCAAAUCUAUAAUGCCUGCGGCUUUUGUAUCGUUCAGAACUCGUUGGGGUGCAGCAGUUUGUGCGCAAACUCAACAAACCAGAAAUCCAACAAUAUGGUUGACUGAAUGGGCUCCUGAACCUCGUGAUGUGUAUUGGGAUAACAUGGCUAUACCAUAUGUUUCACUAUCAAUAAGGAGGCUUGUAAUUGCUGUUGCUUUCUUCUUUCUUACAUUCUUUUUCAUGAUUCCCAUUGCAUUUGUACAGUCACUUGCCAAUAUAGAAGGCAUUGAAAAAGCAGCACCUUUCCUCAAGGCCUUCAUUGAAAUAAAAGUCAUUAAAUCUUUUAUACAAGGUUUCCUUCCUGGGAUUGCUUUGAAGAUAUUCCUCAUUUUUUUGCCCUCAAUACUGAUGAUGAUGUCGAAGUUCGAAGGGUUUAUAAGUCUGUCUGCUCUAGAAAGGAGAUCAGCUACAAGAUAUUACAUCUUCCAGUUUAUUAAUGUGUUUCUGGGGAGCAUAAUUACUGGAACUGCGUUCCAACAACUAGAUAAAUUCAUCCAUCAGUCUGCAAAUGAAAUUCCAAAGACAAUUGGUGUCUCAAUUCCAAUGAAAGCAACUUUCUUCAUAACAUACAUAAUGGUUGAUGGUUGGGCUGGAUGUGCUGGUGAGAUUUUAAGGUUGAAGCCGUUGAUAUUUUAUCACUUGAAAAAUUUCUUGUUGGUGAAGACCGAAAAAGACCGCGAAGAAGCAAUGGAUCCAGGAACUUUUGGUUUCAAUACAGGAGAACCUCAAAUACAACUUUAUUUCUUACUUGGCCUUGUCUAUGCUGUCGUCACACCAUUUCUACUUCCAUACAUUGUUGUCUUCUUUGGUUUGGCAUAUGUUGUCUAUCGUCAUCAGAUUAUAAAUGUGUACAACCAAGAGUAUGAGAGUGCUGGAGCAUUCUGGCCUGAUGUUCAUGGACGUAUUGUAUUUGCAUUAGUUAUCUCACAACUUCUGUUAAUGGGAUUAUUGAGUACAAAAAAAGCUGCUAACUCAACUCCGUUACUCAUCACUCUCCCAAUUUUGACGAUAUGGUUUCAUCGGUUUUGCAAGGGAAGCUACGAACCCGCUUUUAUUACUCACCCAUUGCAGGAAGCAAUGGUCAAAGACACGUUGGAGCGAACAAAAGAGCCGAACUUCAAUUUGAAAGAGUUCCUCCAAAAUGCAUAUAUCCACCCAGUUUUCAAUGGCGAUGAAGACACGGACAGUGAUGUGAUGAGCAAAGAGUGGGAGCAAGAGCCAGUGACUGUCCAAACAAAACGUCAGUCACGAAGGAACACGCCCAUGCCUAGCAAACAUAGCGGUGGUUCAUUGCCGCCCUCCAUGCAUGACACUAGUGAUGUCUGAUAAAAAAGCAUCAAGGUUGAGUUUGAAGUAAAGGACCAAGUUGGUAUUGGAGUUUGAUGAUAAGUACAAGGUUAAUGCAUCUUAGCAUUAGAUAGCUUGAAGGGUCCCUAAGGGUGACAUAGUUGGGUCACAAAUCACGGUUAUGAACAUUUUGCAAUGAUUUCCAGAUUUUCUUUUGUAUAUAAUAUGCAAUGAAAGAGAAUUUUGGAAUGAGAUAGAUAAGAGCAGUAUUCAGGGCAAUUUUUAAUGUUAUGUUUUGUUUUUGUUUA